AUGAGCGGGAGGGGACCUGCCGGAAGGAGGGGAGGUUGGGUUCCGUGGGGGAGCCAGGCCAGGGUCGUGGGGGGGGGGAUGGGAGGGCGGGAGGGAGUGUGGAACGGACUGGAGCGGGGGGGGGCGGGAGGAUGGAGGGGGGGGGUGCGACGGUCGGGGGGGGAGGCGGUCAGGGGACCGGAGAGCCAGGAGGAGCGGGCACGCGGGGAGUGGAGAAGAAGCGGGGGGGAAGGGUGCUGGUGUGUGGUGCGUGGGCCCGGGGUCGGUGGGGAGGGGGGCGCGGUGGUCGGAAGCCGGGCUGAGCAGGCGGAGGGGUGGGGGGCUGAGGGGCGGGGGGACUACGGAAGGGGAGUGGUGGGCGGGGCGGUGGGUGAAAGAGUGUGGUGGCGCGGGGGAGGCGGGGGGCGGGGGCCCAGCGGGGGGCGUGAUGGGGGGCUAGGCUGUGGGGCGAUGGGUGGGGUGUGGAGGGGGGGGGGGGGAGAUCUAGUGCGGGGUAGUCGCUACGGCGGGAGUGGAUCGGACGGGCUGGGGGCGUCGGGUCUGGGGACUGUGGGAGUUGGGGGGGGGGGGGGGGGAUGGUUAGGCUUGUGGGAUCGGCGGGGGUGGGCUGGGGGUAGGCGGAGCGUAGGGCCGAAGCGGAGUGGGGGGCGGGGGGGUUGCGGGGGGGGGCGGGGGGGGGUGGUGGGGCGGGGGCGGGGGGUGCGGACAUGA